UUCAUGCCACCCGGCAACCACACUGCAUUCCCAAUUUGUCUUUGUGGUUCUUCGUCCCCCUUAAAUCAGAAACUGCUUCCCUGGUGCAGGGCACACCACCAGCAGCCGAGAGACGCCGAGGGCCAAGCCAUAUUUUAUUUACUCGCUCCCAGCCCUGGCCUUGGCAUAGGUCCACCGAAGUUUCCGCCACCUCUUAGCCUUUUCCCUGCCACCGUUCGACUUGCCAGGACUUUUCUCUUGCUCAACUUCUUUCCAGACCAGACCUGUUGCUAUGACAUCGGCAGUUUCAAGGAACUGUUUUGAGAGUUUUUUGUAGCCAAAGUGUUGUUCAAUCCAAACUACUGGACUGCCUAACUUGAAACCACUCAACCAUCAUCCCCACGCUUGGCCAUUUUCACAUGUCUUGGAGCUGAAGUUCAGUUGCAGUUUACUGCCAAGAGAAUCUGCAGGCGUGUUUGUUCCUUCUUGAUAAACUUUCAACACAUCAAUGGUCAGCCUUUCAGUGUUAUGAUGUACCCAACUGGUCCUGGAUCUGGCGACUCCCCAGAGGGCUUCCCUGAACAACCCAGGCUCCAGCCACAGAUUGGAAAUUGCACAGCUCAGCCACUGGAUGCUUUCUUCACAUGUCGAAAAAAUGCCCUCCUGGCAAAGAGCUCAUCACCCCAGGUAGAAGGCAACUUUGCCAUGGCCCCUCGGGGCCCUGACCAGGAGGAAUGUGAGGGGCUGCUGCGGCAGUGGCGAGAAGAAGGGUCGAGUCAGCUGCUCUCAACUGUGAGUGAGGGUCCCCUUGCAGAUAAGGGGCUGGCCCAGAGCAGCUUGGCACUCCUGAUGGAUAAUCCUGGAGAACAAGAUGCUGCUUCAGAGGACAAGUGGUCCAGCAGGCAACUGAGUGAUCUGCGGGCAGCAGAGAACCUGGAUGAGACUUUCCCUGAGGUGCUAGAAGAGGAGCCACUGCCAGAGGUCGAGGGUUCCAUGUGGGCAGUUGUCCCCAUGCAGACAGGCCCCCAGUAUGCAGACUGUGCUGUCCUCCCAAUGGGUACCUUGGCUGCAGAGCAGUGGGAAGAGGACCCUGCGGUGGUGGCCUGGAGCAUAGCACCCGAGCCUAUGCUCCAGGAAGAGGCUCCCAUCUGGCCCUUUGAUGGCCUGGGGCAGUUGCAGCCUCCCCCAAUGGAAAUUCCAUAUCAUGAAAUCUUGUGGCGAGAAUGGGAGGACUUCUCCAGCCAGCCAGAUGCUCAGGGCCUGGAGGCAGGGGAUGGCCCUCCGUUCCAGUUCACUCUGAUGUGCUAUAACAUCCUGGCCCAGGACCUGAUGCAGCAGAGCUCAGAGCUCUACCUGCAUUGCCACCCAGACAUCCUCAAUUGGAACUAUCGCCUCACGAACCUCCUGCAGGAAUUCCAGCACUGGGACCCUGAUAUCCUGUGUCUCCAGGAAGUCCAAGAAGAUCAUUAUUGGGAGCAGCUGGAGCCGUCUCUGCGCAUGAUGGGCUUUACCUGUUUCUACAAGAGGAGGACUGGGUGUAAAACAGAUGGCUGUGCUGUCUGCUACAAGCCCACCAGAUUCCGUCUGCUUUGCGCCAGCCCUGUGGAGUACUUCCGGCCUGGCUUGGAGCUCCUCAAUCGGGACAACGUGGGCUUAGUGUUGCUGCUGCAGCCGCUAGUCCCAGAAGGCCUGGAGCAAGUCUCGGUGGCCCCCUUGUGUGUGGCAAAUACUCAUGUCCUGUACAAUCCACGCCGGGGUGAUGUCAAGCUGGCCCAGAUGGCCAUUCUCCUCGCUGAAGUGGACAAGGUGGCCAGGUUGUCUGAUGGCAGCCACUGCCCCAUCAUCUUGUGCGGGGACCUGAAUUCUGUCCCCAAUUCACCUCUCUACAACUUCGUCAGGGAUGGAGAGCUCCAGUACAAUGGGAUGCCAGCCUGGAAGGUAUCUGGACAGGAAGACUUCUCCCAUCAGCUUUACCAGAGGAAGUUGCAGACCCCGCUCUGGCCCAGCUCCCUGGGCAUCACUGAUUGCUGUCAGUAUGUCACCUCCUGUCACCCCAAGAGAUCAGAGAGACACAAUUAUAGCCGAGACUUCCUGCUGCGUUUCCGCUUCUGCAACAUCGCUUGUCAGCGACCAGCAGGAUUGGUUGUUAUGGAAGGAGUGACAGACACUAAGCCAGAGCGCCCUCCUGGCUGGGCUGAGUCUGUCCUUGAGGAAGACACAUCUGAGCCUGAGCCUGUCCUCCCCAGGACUGCAGGCACCAUCCAGCACUACCUCCACCUGACCUCGGUGUAUACCCAUUUCCUGCCCCAGCAUGGCCACCCAGAGGUCACCACAAUGCCCUUGGGUCUUGGAAUGACAGUAGAUUAUAUCUUCUUCUCAUCUGAGUCUUGUGAGAAUGGAAACAGACCUGAUCGCAGGCUGUAUCGAGAUGGAACUCUCAAGCUCCUGGGUCGUCUCUCCCUCCUCUCUGAAGAGAUUCUGUGGGCUGCCAAUGGCUUACCCAACCCCUUCUGCUCUUCAGACCACCUCUGUCUGCUGGCCAGCUUCGGGAUGGAUGUCACCACCCCAUGACGGGGCUCCCAGGGGAAGAGGGCUUCUCUUCCAGAAGAGCUCACUGGAUCAGAGACUGUGGAAAUAUCCCAUGCUUCUGGAAACUUAGAUCUUAAGAAACUUACGUCCCCUCUCCUCCCCCUCCUUUUACCCUUUUUCCCAUGGCUAGAUUUUCUCCAGGCCUGUCCACGUUCUCUGCCUGUGGUUCCUGCCCCAUCCCAACCUCUUCCUAAUCCUGUGCCACAUAUUCAGUGGCCCUGGGAGAGGCAGAAGGGGGUUCCCUCUUCCUUCCAUGUAUCCAGGGUUGAUUUUUAAUUACCAGGGUUGUGGGAGCUAUUGAUCUCAUUGGUUAUUUGCUUUCAGACCAUUUCUUGGUGAUACCUUCUGACCCGACCUUCUCCUUGCCUUUGUGAUCUCUGGGCCCAGCCCUCUUGCCCAGCAUGCACUUGUGAGAAGCGUGUAUCAUGCAUGUAUCCUCCUGGAUUGGCAGUGCUCUGUGCACAGCCAGGGCUGUCUCUGACCAGCCUAGUUUCCACACUGUGGCUGUAGGCCUAGGGCAGGUUGAGAGCAUGAUCUAGGAGCUGUGUGCUGCCAGGCUGCAACAGGGGUGUGGGGCUGCUUCUCCUUUUAGCCUCUGUAUUUCUUUAAGCAUGCAUCAUGCCAACCAGGGCAUACUCAUCAUCUGGCCCUGGGAACAAAUGGGCCCCACAGCCUGGAGCAGCAGAUUCGGGGAUGUACCACCUGCCCCAGUGGCCUCUGUGCCCCAAUCCAGAGCCCUCCAUAGGCCUGGCAUGACUUCUCUGGGCUUGUCUCUUUCCCCAGGCGGCCCUGAGGGAGCCAAAGGUUUGAACCCUGUGUAGGGUUGAGUGGGCUGGGGAUGGUGGUUUGAGGUUUAAGACUCUUUAAGAAUGAGGAGAAAGACCCUUCAGGAAACUCUGUUUCCCUGGACUGCACAGCCUGCAGAGCUGAGGCAAGGGUAGAAGGACCAGUGGGGGAAAGAGCACAUAGGCUCUGUAGCCACCUCUCCUGGGACUCAAGACACAAGGGACUUAUUCUCUUUCCUCUGCAAACCUAAGAAGCAGUUUUCCUUUCCUCUCCUCCCAUCACCGUUUAUUUUUUUGCUGCUUCUUCCCUCCCCCAACCCCUUCCAUUUUCUCCCUGGAAAAGCCUGGUAUUUAGUUUCAGCCAGACCUUCUCAGCAGAAGGAUGGCCUUAGGCAAAACUGGUCCAAGAACUUGGGGUGACAUUGCUUGAGGAGUUGCUCUGAUCAGCAAUGCCUUAGCUGCUCAUUGCCUCUGUUUUCCGUCUCCCAGCACAGGGGUACCUAGGACCAUUCAGGGGCUCCCUAGCCCAGACUGUCACUUGCAUGCCUUAAUAUUUCAUUGCAGGGGUGUGGCCUGAGUGUUCCUGGGCUAGCACCUUCCUACAGCUCCCUUAACUCAGAGCAGCUGCUGCCCUCAUAGAUUUGAGUUGCUCUUGCCCCCUCGGCCUCCAGAAUGGGACUGAAGAGAAUGGCUGAGAAACUUGAGUUAGGGACAGUUAGCCAGAGGUUAAUGUUCUUUCCUUUUUUUGAAAGCUAAAGAUCUAACUUGAAUUCUGCUGCUGUGUUCAUGGUUGUAAGCUUUCCAUGCCUAGAUUUUGGGGGAUUUAUUUAUCUAUGUAUGUAUAUUUCUAAACAUUGUUUCCUGGGUUGUCCUGGGCAUGUGCCUGUCUGAGCCCCAGGCCUGUCUGUCCACACCCCAUUGUUCACGCUGUCUCUCCUCUGAGCACCCUCUGAGAGGGUCUCAAGAUACUGCCCUGUUCGUCCCUAGGACUAGGGCCCAUUGCUCUGUUCUCUUCCUGCCAGGGAAUGCAGGUUACAGACAGCUAGAGAUGGCAGAGGGCAGGAGUUUGAUAGAUUAUCUUUCCCAUGUUUUCUUAUUUGUUUCUUUUUGGAAAUGAAAUGGGGUUUUUAAAUGGUCAUUUAAAUUCUCUUUUCCAAAUAAAGGUUUACCUUUUUUUCCC